ACGAGUUUUAGUGCGGGAGUCCGGGGUGCGGGCGGAGUCCUAUUGUCUCCGUGCACCCGGGCGGCAGCACCUCCGGGUCCCUCUUUAAACCGAGCGUCCGGCGACCUUUCUUUGUGCUUAGGGAGUCGAAAGCGGCAUCUUCUCCGAGAGAAGUCGCCUACUGGGGGGUGGCGCUGGGGAGGUAACAAUGGGCGCCAGUUGUCCUCCGAGGGUCCAACGGUGACCCCCCCUGCGCGCGCGCGCGCCCGGCGGCCGGUUGGCCCCGGGCCAGGGCACAGGUACCGCGGCUGGGAGGGUCGGCCCCGGUGCCCGCGCCCUCCGCCCCGCCCCAGUGAGUCCCAGCGCCGCCGGCCCCGCCCCACGCCGCCCCGCCCUCCGCAGGUUCAGUCCUCGCGUCCGGCCGCCCCGCGCUCAGUCGCGCGCACCUUCUCUCGCGGCCGGGGUGCCGCAGCGCGGGGCUAGCCCGGAGACCCGGCCACCGGCCUGGGGCGCCUUCACGCCGUCUCGGAGCGGAUAAUGCGGUGAGCAGGCACCGCGCCGGCAGACUCGGCUGGAUCUGCGCACAGCGGCAGGGAUUGCGUGCGCCCGCGGGAGGCCCGGGGCAGCGGCUGGGAUCCUCAGCGGCGGCCGGUUUGUCCUGGUUGUGGUCAAGACUGGAUGAUGUAACUGGCUCUCUAGGAAGCCUCACUUGGCCGUAACCUCAGGAAGGUUCUCUUUGACCCCAUCUCAUUUCGAAGCCAUUUCUGAAGCCACUUGAGAAAAAAUGAUGUGACAGUUCCUAUCAAAAAGGAUUCAGAAACAUAUACCAUCUGUGAAGAAAGUGGCCCUUUUUUCCGCUUGCAAAACAGACAUUCUCAAAUUCCAAAAUGCCAGCCAAGACCCCAAUUUACCUGAAAGCAGCCAAUAACAAGAAAGGAAAGAAAUUUAAACUGAGGGACAUUCUGUCUCCUGAUAUGAUCAGUCCCCCGCUUGGAGACUUUCGCCACACCAUCCACAUUGGCAAAGAGGGCCAGCACGAUGUCUUUGGAGAUAUUUCCUUUCUUCAAGGGAACUACGAGCUUUUACCUGGAAACCAGGAGAAAGCACACCUGGGCCAGUUCCCUGGGCAUAAUGAGUUCUUCCGGGCCAACAGCACCUCGGACUCUGUGUUCACAGAAACGCCCUCCCCGGUGCUCAAAAAUGCCAUCUCCCUCCCGACCAUUGGAGGAUCCCAAGCUCUCAUGUUGCCCUUAUUGUCACCAGUGACAUUUAAUUCCAAACAGGAGUCCUUCGGGCCAGCAAAGCUGCCCAGGCUUAGCUGCGAGCCCGUCAUAGAGGAAAAAGCUCAGGAGAAAAGCAGUCUGUUGGAGAAUGGGACAGUCCACCAGGGAGACACCUCGUGGGGCUCCAGCGGUUCGGCGUCUCAGUCCAGCCAAGGCAGAGACAGCCACUCCUCCAGCCUGUCCGAACAGUACCCCGACUGGCCAGCCGAGGACAUGUUUGACCAUCCCACCCCAUGCGAGCUCAUCAAGGGAAAGACUAAGUCAGAGGAGUCCCUCUCUGACCUUACAGGUUCCCUCCUCUCCCUGCAGCUUGAUCUUGGGCCCUCACUUUUGGAUGAGGUGCUGAAUGUAAUGGAUAAAAAUAAGUAACAAGAUGCCAACUUCUUUCCUUUGGGGUAAAAGGUACAAAAACAAACUAACCACAGUUGAAGAGAAGGGCUUCCGGAGCUGUAUUUGCAGUUUUGUGUUGGGUUUUCUAAAAUAAUAUUCUUACAAAGUAUUUUUUUACCUGUUAUGCCCUGUUUGCAAAAACAAUUUAGAAAAAAACAACAAAGCAAAACCUAUCUUGGCAAAAAGAGGAAGUGAGUCAGAGCCCAUUUUCAGGAGGCAUUGGUGAUGUUCAGCUCACAUAGUGUUUGCAGACACACAAGAAAUCUGGCUUGGCCAGGAUUGGCACUAGCUAUGAAGGGCUGAGCGAGUCACAUUAAGGGACUUCACGGAACUUUAUAGCACUCCGACAUUUUCUGAGCAAGAGGAAGUCAAAAUUUAUUUAACACCUAAGCCUUUUUGUAGACUCUUUUCUAUAUAUUGCUUGGGCUCACCAUAGCGAAUUCUCCAGUGUUAAAACUUUUCUGUUUUCACAUUUGAACUUUAUGGGUUUUGGGGAUUUUCUUGUAGUCCUUAUAUAUCCCUAUAUAUUAUAUCUAUAUUGCAAAAUUUUGACUGUCAGCUACAUGUUGGUAAGACACAGGUAAAGUAUUACUGUAACUAAGUUAUUUUUAAAGUUAAAAUAUAUUUUUACGUGCCUUUGGCUUUUUAUUGCAGAGUCUACAUUUUAUAGAUUCUACAUCAGAUGUUGUCACUUAUUUCCAUUGGGAUUCCAUUGUAAGCUGUGUAUGUGUGUGUUUGGAAAAGUGUAUUCAUACUUAGUUUUUUUUUUCUUCAUCUGUUAUCAUACUUUUAACAGCAACCAAUAACGGAUUGUAAAGUGUAAAGGCACAGGUUACUCAUGAUGCUUCUGCAGAGACUGUGGGCUACACCACAUAUGUUAUUUGGAAAUAUAGGUAUUUUAGUACAGUACAUACUUGCAUUACAUAGGUACUUCAAACAACACAAUAAAAAGUAAAUGAUAAAGUGAACUUGCUUGUUCAUAGUAAUAAACAAGACCAUAAGAGAAUAAGUAUAGCUAGAGAAAUUGCUUCUCUGAAAUGUACAUGAGCCCUUAAGGUAAGAGAUGAUUUCCAUCUACUCUCAUUUUGAUUGCUUCCUUAUGGUUUGAGAGCGAAACUGAGCCUCUCUACUUUAGGAAAAAUGAACAUGUGAGGUCAGAUUUUUUUUUUUUUUAAAUCAGCACUGAUGCCACCCUCUCAGUGGUCAUUUCUGAGCAUCUUCCUGACUUGAACACCUUCUACAGCAAACUCUUGCAAGUCCAGUUUCAUCCCUGUAAGGCAAAUGUCUUUUCACGCAGAAAGUGCCAUAUAGACAAGAUAAAGGCAGCUAAAACGAGGGGAGUAGAACCCGACCCCAAGGUGCCAGAGAUGCCCUGAGGAUGGUGGUUAAGGAAACAGGAGCAGGAAAUGUACACACAGGUUCCUGUCCCUUUGCCAACUACUCCUUCCCCAUCAAAGAAAAACACUUGCACACAGUAACUACCAGCUCCUUCUCUCAAACUUGUAUUUCUCCUGGAAAUGUAUCUUAGAAAUGACCUCCUCUCCCAAGCACUUCAACGAUUCUUUCUUUGGGUUUGGGGUUCUUGCAAUUCUAUCAUCUAAAAUAACCUUUGGACUGCAGGUAAAAUGCAAUUAGGACAACUAACCAAGUAGACGAAACAAGUUCCCCUAGGCAGGGGUGUCCAAUAUUUUAGCUUCCCUGGACCGCGUUGGAAGAAUUUUCUUGGGCUACAUGUAAAAUACACUAACACUAACCAUAGUUGAUGAGCUUAAAAAAAUAAAAAUAGAAAAUUGCAAAAAAAAAAA